AUGCUUGCUAGGGCUGGAGGAGCGAUCGAUGAGGGUGCUAUAGCGGCGUUGCUGCGGGAAUGUGGGCGCGCAAGAGAUCUCGCCCGGGCGAGGAGGGCGCAUUCUCGGGUGCGCGACCUCGGCGGCGAUGGAGGGACGUUCCUGGGCAAUCUCAUCGUGCAGAUGUAUGGGCUGUGCGGGAGCGUGGCGGACGCGCGCGCUGCGUUCCAGGCCAUCCGGAGGAAGAAUUCCUUCUCGUGGAACAUCUACCUGGCCGCCCACGCGCGCAACUCCAGCGAUCCCGGCGAGUCGAGGAGGAUCUUCGACGCCAUGGGCGAGAGGAAUAGCGUGUCGUGGAACGCGAUGGUGGCGGCGUACGCGCAGGGGGGGCAGAUCCAGCAGGCGAUGGCGGUGGUGACGAGAAUGCCGGAGUGGGAGGCCGCGACUUGGAAUGGGAUCAUCUCCGGGUAUGUGGAGCUGAAAGACAUGAACAGCGCCAAGGAACUCUUUGAUGGGCUGCCCGAGGCUUCCAGCUUCUCGUGGAUGACGAUCAUUUCCGGAUACGCCCAGGCCGGGAACCUCGAUGCUGCCAAACAGGUCUUCGAUCGGAUGGAGCUGCGGGGAUUCAUCGUCUGGAACACGAUGAUCACGGGAUAUGCCCAGAGGGGGCAUCUGGAGAAUGCGAGGGUGAUGCUGGACAAGAUGCCGCAGCUCACAGUGGUGUCGUGGACGAUUAUGGUGGCGGCUUACGCAGAGAAUGGGUUUCUCGAGGAGGCGCAAUGGUUGUUCUCGUGCAUGCCGGAGAGGGACUUUGUGGCCUGGAACUCGGUCAUCUCAGCAUUUGCCCAGAACGGGUAUUUGCGUGAGGCGAAGGUGGUGUUUGAUUCCAUGCCGGAUAAGACUCUCAUGUCGUGGAACAGCCUCGUCUCGGCCUAUGGAUCAAACGGCAACUUGGACGAGGCUCGAGCGAACUUCGAUCGAAUGCCAAACCGGGAUGUUGUCUCGUGGAAUGCCGUCAUCGGUGCGCACGCUCAGAACGACAAGUUCGUCGACGCGAGGGCGCUCUUCGAUCGGAUUCCGCAGAGCAAUGCGAUCACCUGGAACAUCAUGCUGACGGCGUUCGUGGAUGCUAAGAACGUCGUCGACGCGAAGGCUCUCUUUGACCAGGCUCCGGAGCUCAAUUUGGUGUCGUGGAACGUGAUGAUCGGGGCUUACUCGGCGAAUGCUGUGCCGGAGGAGGCGAAGCGAGCGUUCGACCAGAUGCCUCGAUGGAGUGAGCUUUCGUGGAACAUCAUGAUCACCACUUUUGCCGAGAAGGGAGACUUACACACCGCGAAGAGUAUGUUUGACGAGCUCCCACACCCGGAUGUGGUUUCCUACAACGCUAUGAUCUCCGCGUUUGCGUUGCAUGGCGAUCUCUACAGCGCCGAGAAUCUCUUCCAAACCAUGCCCCAGCAGAACGUCGUGUCGUGGACUGCCAUGCUCGCUGCAUAUACUCAAACCGGGCAUCUCGACCGAGCCAAGCAAACCUUCGACGAGAUGCCUUCUCGAAACACGGUAUCGUGGUCGGCGAUGAUCGGGGCCUUUGCGCAGCACGGCGAAGGAAAGAAAGCUCUCCAGCUCUUUAGCAAGAUGGAUCUGGAAGGAGUUCCAGUGGACACCAUCACCUUCGUCAACGCGCUCGACGCUUGCACGAAGGUGGCAUCGCUCAAAGUCGGGAGAGUUCUCCACUCCACGAUCGCCCAGUCGGGAGUGCAGUGCGACCCGAUGAUCUGCUCUGGCCUCGUCAACCUCUACGGAAAAUGCGCGAGUCUGGCUGAGGCUCGACGCUUGUUUGACGAAGUUGCGAGCUCCAGAGCGGACGUUGUGUCGUGGACCGCGAUGGUGGCAGCCUACGCUCAAAACGGCUAUGACAAACUCGCGCUGGAGCUUCACCAAUCCAUGGUUCUCAACGGCGUCCAGCCAAACGGGAUCACUUACAUGAGCAUCCUCUCGUCUUGCAGCCAUGGAGGUCUCCUCCGGGAUGGCUGCGACUACUUCGCCACCAUGGUCGCGGAUCACAGCAUCCCGGCCACCGCCGACCACUUUGGCUGCUUGAUCGACAUCCUCGGCCGCGCGGGGCGGCUCGAGGACGCGCAGGAUCUCAUCGAGAGCAUGCCUUUCGAGCCGGAUGGAGUCUCGUGGCUGUCUCUGAUCUCGGCUUGCAAGACGCACAGCGAUUCCAAGCGAGCAGCGGCCGCGGCAAAGCGAGCCGUGCAGCUGGGACGAUUGAAAUCAGCGCCGUAUGUGCUGCUAUCCAACACGGUUGCGGCAUGGAACGAGGAGAGCGAGGAGCUCGAGGAAGAAGAAAUCGCCCGAGUCGCAGAAGCUCAACAAGCAAGACGAGUCUUCGUUCUCGCUACUGCUGGCUGUGCUAGCCGCCAUUCUUCCGUAGUUUUCAAAACCAGCCAUCCCAUUAAAGCUCCUUAUCCAUUUGCCCCUGCCUGGCAACUUGGUGGAUUACGAAGUACUGCUAACAAGAUCGCGCAUGGGGGUGGUGGAAUAUAUGGGAAGGAAUUUCAAAGGGAAAAGAAAGGUGAUCUUUACAGUAGAUUACCUCUGUGCUACACUGCUACCACAUAG